CUAAUCAAUGCAAAGCAGAAUUGCCCUGAAUUCAAUUCAUGAGCAAAUGAAACGAAUAUCAAACCGCAAAAUCGUAAGAGAAGGAAGUUUCUGACAGUUCCUCGGAGCAUGAGAUGAAAAAAAAAAAUACCUAUGCGGUCAGCAUGCACUCACUUUCAUUAAAGUAACGAAAAACUGGUAUCUCGGAGCCACAGGCGGAAGAAAUGAAAUGACAUUCCCUUAGUAUAAGAUCGCAGAUGAAUCGAACGAGAAAUGAAAUGUUUAUUAAUUUCACGGUUCAUGAAUUGCAGAUGUGCGUGAAAGUAAUCUGAGAGGAAUGGUUCUAAAUUGUCGGAUUUCAACAAUUGUGGCAUUGAGCCUUCUGGGUUCAUCCUUCUGCCUGCAAGAUGAUCCUCAACGGAACCUCAUCCAGAACGACGCGUCCUUCCAGAAUCAGCAGAACCAAGUUUCCUACCAGAACCAAGUAUCCUACCAGAACCACCCAAGUCAAGUAUCCUUUCAGAACCAACAGAACCAAGAAUACUUCGUCCAGCAAAGACCUACAGUGGUACAAAACUAUCCACAGCACUACGUUCCCGUCCCCAUCCAGCUUCUACAACGCUCGGUGUACACCCAACAACCUCAAGCAGCCCUAAUCAUCAUGAAGGCGUUCCCAGUCUAUUUGACACCGUCGCAAGCGGCAAAUUUACAGAGUCAGAGUCCAGUUCACCAAGAUUUCAAUGGGAGAAUUCCCAAUUUCCACAUGAUACAUUACAGCCCCGCACCGUCGCCUCCAGUGUACUCAACUGCGCAGCCAAGUCUGGCAUAUCCGACAGCUCAGCCUGCUCCAGAGAGACCUACCGUCAGUGCCGCACCUGCGCAACAGAGUCGAGCUAACAAUUACGUAUCUGCUACCAACCCAGGACUAUAUUUCGCCUCACCGUCCAGCGCUCAUCAAGGUGACAAUUACCUAAAUCAACUAGCGCAAGUGGUGGCUCAGCAAUAUUCGAAGUCGCCAGCCAAUUUCAAAGCUCCAGCCAUCAUUGCAGGCCUGGAGAAUUUCAGUCCAGAGCAGCAGAACCAAAUUAAGAAUCACCUGAAGAGUUACAUAACUUCGCAUGCGGAGGGUGAGAAACAAGAGAGGGAGAUAAGUGUUUCCAAUGAUCCUCAGGAGAAAUACUCGAGCAAGAUCGCUUCGAACCAGUAUCCCCAGCAGUCUGAUUGGAGGCCUGCCCAACAGCCGACUCAUUCAAAUUCGAAAAAUUGAAGUUUAUUGAUUAGUUUUUAACUUCUUGACUGAUGCCAAAGUAAAAUUAGGAUUCUAAUGAGCUUUGUAAUGUUUUUGUGUGUAUUUAAGUACUUAAAUAUAUUUAUAUUUUUCUA